AUGGGUAGUUGUAAUUGCAUUCCAAAAAAGUUAGGAGAAGAAGAAAUAUAGACACAAAGAGGAGGAAGCGAACACUAGAUAUUGGAUAAAGUGAAACAAUAGGAUGCACAAACUUUUACUCAUGGUUGAUUUAUAUAUUCUUAUUCAGAGGACAAUAAACCAGCUAAUGAUGAAUCUUAAUAACUUGUUCAGAGUACGAAAGGAAUUCGGCAAAAGCUACCCAGAAUAAGCAUGCUUAAUGGAGGUUAUUAUGAAGGUGAGUGGUUCAAUUGUAUGAGGGAUGGCUUUGGAUUGCAUGUAAAGUUGAAAAAUUUAUUUGAGUGUUGGGCUGAUGGAGGUUUUUAUGAAGGGGAAUGGAAGGCUGAUAAAGCUGAGGGUAAAGGGAAAUUAGGUAUCUCCGUUAUCAUCAGCAUUUUUAGUCCAUGGAGAUGGCGAUGUUUAUGAAGGAUAAUGGGCAAAUGAUAUGGCAAAUGGGGUAGGUACAUAUGUGCAUGUUGGUGGUGCUAAAUACGAAGGAGAGUGGUUGAAUGAUUAGUAACAUGGAAAAGGAGUUGAAGUUUGGCCUGAUGGCUCUAAAUAUGAAGUAUUAAUCCUUCUAAUUCUAAAGGGAAUGUACACAUUUGGAAAAAAAAAUGGAAAGGGAAAACUUUAAUUUGCAGAUAAUAGCAUUUAUGAGGGAGAUUUUUUGGACAAUGAAAUAAGUGGUGUUGGUAAAUACACCUGGAAUGAUGGGAAAACGUAUACAGGUAAUUGGUUAAACAAUAAGAUGAAUGGAUAUGGUGAAACAGUAUGGCCAGAUGGGAAAAGCUACAAAGGAUACUAUUUAGAUGAUAAAAAACAUGGGCAAGGAGUGUUUUCAUGGAAUAACGGUAAAAGAUAUGAAGGAGAAUGGGCUUUAGGAAAGUAAAAUGGGAAAGGAGUAAUUAUAACUGAAACUGGAGAGAGGAAAGCUGGAAUUUGGGAAAAUGGGAGAAGAGUUAAAAUAGAAGGAGAAAAUGAUUAAACAGCUGAAGGAGAAACCUGA